CGGGGGAGUGUAGGCUCCUCGAACUCCAUUGCAGCUGCGGACAGAAAUGGAAGACGGUGAGAUAGAGGAGGCGCCGGUGCCGGUGGAAGGAGAAGACCAACGUGAUGGACAUUCGGCGGAAGAAUGCAAGUUGGAGGAAUCUCCAUACGAAAUGCUGCAGAAUAGCAAAGCUUCGGUAGAAAAGAUCGUUGGUGAGAUGCUCUCGCUUAAAAGAGAGGGUAAACCUAAGUCGCAGCUCCGAGAGCUCGUUACUCAGAUGUUCCUCAACUUUGUCACUCUUCGCCAGGCAAACCGCUCCAUCUUGAUAGAGGAAGACCGUGUUAAAAUGGAGACAGAACGCGCAAAGGCACCUGUAGACUUUACAUCCUUGCAGCUUCACAACCUGAUGUACGAGAAAAGUCACUAUCUUAAGGCGAUAAAGGCUUGCAAGGACUUCAAAACAAAAUACCCUGACAUAGAACUUGUACCUGAAGAAGAAUUUUUUCGUGAUGCACCUGAAGAUAUAAAGGAAUCCUUAUUGUCUAAUGAUAGUGGCCACAACUUGAUGCUCAAGAGGCUAAAUUUUGAGCUAUUCCAGCGCAAAGAGCUUUGCAAGCUUCAUGAGAAACUGGAACUGCAAAAAAGGAGUCUUUCUGAGACAAUUGCAAAUCGAAAGAAGUUCCUCUCAAGUCUCCCUUCACAUCUCAAGUCUCUUAAGAAAACGUCCUUGCCAGUACAAAAUCAAUUGGGAGUUUUGCAUUCUAAGAAACAAAAGCAGCAGCAUCAUUCAGCAGAGUUUCUCCCUCCUCUUUAUGUGAUAUACUCACAGCUAUUGGCUCAAAAGGAGGCAUUUGGAGAAUCCAUUGAUCUGGAGACCAUAGGAAGCCUCAAAGAUGCUCAAGCUUUUGCCCGCCAUCAAGCUCAAAAAGACACUGGUAAUAGAGUUGACAUGUCAAUUCUAGCAAUUAUUCAAAUUUAAUCAGAUACAUGCAGCUGGCAGUGUG